GUAUGCUAUAAUGUUGUAUUUAAGGGGUAUAUAAUAAAGUAUGUGUAAAUAACAUAAAUUACAAAUAGUAUUGUUAUGUAUUGCAUUAUCGAAUAUGGAUGUGGUUGAACAAUUUGCAUACUUUUUAUGUCUCUUGUGAUAUUGUUUAAUUACUGGAAAACUUCUAAUUAAUUAAUUUGUUUAUUUAAUUAUUAUCAAUCGGAAGUGGUCCUUACUCCUACUGUUUGAGAAAUCCACAAUGGUCUCCUGUACACUUGCCUGCUCUCCUACAGCUCCAUUACACUCCUAAUAAUAGGGAAGUUGAGAUGGUAACAAAAAUGACCUACCCUAUAUUAGUACUGUAAUUAUAGGUUUUAAACUGAUUGAAAGAUGGCAGUAGUAGUUAUCUAUCUUCGCUUUGAAUAGAUGUCUGAAAGGUUUUUACUUACUUUACAAAAGCAUACAGUAAUAAAUCUAGCUGGACAAGAUAAUUGCUAAGAAAUCUCUCUGUGAUGUCAUAAAAAUGAAUUACAAUGCUAAAUGAAAAAUAUACACAUGUAGUUGCAGGCAGGUUGAAGGUGUUGAUUCGCGUUUGAAUGUUUUUUUUUCAUAAAACUGGCAAUUGACUCUGUAUACUUUUUAUCUAAUGGAAUAAACGCACGUGAAAAUCACUCAGGAGUGACUGUAAAUAGAGGUUUUUCAGCAAUUAACGAACGGUAGGCAGCUGGAUUGGUAGGCUAUUCAAUGAUAAGCUGUAACAUGAUUUCUGGUCAAUAAAUUAACAGAAAUACUACCAAUAUUCGUGACUGCUUUUUGUUCAGGUAGUAAAUCGACACCAAUCCUGACUGUAGAGGAUAGUAUUCAUUGUCCUGCAUGUACAAACAAUUUAUAGAGGCCACUGGAGCAGAGAUGUCUUCAGACUUCAUAUUCAGACAGCUUUUCGAUAGGGAGUCAUGCACGUACACAUAUUUACUGGCAGACGGUGGCACAAAAGAAGCUAUCGUCAUAGAUCCAGUCAUUGAAAUGGUUGACAGAGAUAUCGAACAAUUAGAAGGGCUAGGGCUGAAACUUUUAUAUGCAAUCAACACACACGUCCACGCUGACCAUGUUACUGGGUCUGGUAUGCUUAAGAAGAAGACUGGGUGCAAGACAGCAAUAGCCAAAGUCAGCACUGCUGAGGGAGACCUUAAAAUUGGUGCUGGAGAUGAAUUCACAUUUGGAAAAUACACACUGGAAGUGAGAGCUACCCCUGGUCACACGAAUGGAUGUUUGACGUAUGUUUUACGUGAUCUUGGAAUGGUAUUUACCGGAGAUGCCUUGUUAAUACGUGGUUGUGGAAGAACAGACUUCCAAGAAGGAAGUGCUGCAACGUUGUACAAAUCAGUAUGGGAUAACAUCCUAUCCUUACCUGAUGAUACAAAACUCUAUCCUGCUCAUGAUUAUAAAGGUCGAACUGUCACCACUGUAGGAGAAGAGAAAAGGUUUAAUCCAAGACUCACGAAAGAAGUAGAUGAAUUCGUCAAAAUUAUGGAUAAUCUUGGGUUACCCUACCCUAAAAAGAUAGAUGUGAGCCUACCAGCCAACAUGGUGUGUGGAUUGUACGAGGUUCCAACUAAGGAAUAA